AAAACAAACUCAUGGGGGAGGGCAAUCAGAUAGAGACUAGUCAUCAGGAGCCCAGAAAGGAAAAACUACCAUGUCCGCCGCGCUUUCCGCGGCGCCUGAGCAGCGGAGCUUUAGUCCUGAAAAUUCCGUUUACAAGCGGUUAUUUUCAACACAGAAUGUAGCUGGUCCAGAAAGCAGAGCGGCCUCAGUGCCGCCGACGAUACUGCAGGUCCCGCCGACCGCGUUUCCGACGGUUCUGCCCACGACGACGCCACUCACUUCGACAGAGCUAUCGAAAGCAGGAGUACACCCUACGACUUCACCUGGUGCGACGGGACAGCAAAGUGGGAUCAAUGGCGGGACCUCGGUCCAGUAUCCCUAUCCACUUCUCUCUGUACGGGCCGCAACUUCGACGUCGCUCUCUGCCCGCGCACCGGGAAGUGUGCGUGUGACGGUGCAGCCAGCAGUGACAACCAGUAGCCAUGCGCUGUACAAUCAGGCGGGAAGCAGCAGCACUGCGCCCGUUUUUUUGCCACCAGACAGUGCGCGAAGCAGUCAAGGAGAGAGGUUAGCCGGAAGUAUGGCAUCUUCGCCGCUUGGCGCCUCGAUGCCGAUAGUUUCAGCACGCACGAUGUCUGCUAACAGCACGGGCAGUACUGGCGCAGUUGCCAAUAGCGGCGGCAUGGGCAAUGUCAGAAAUCAGCUCUAUGCGACCGGAUUUGGAGGAGCAAUAGGGAUGAGCGGUAGUGGUUCAAGACGCGCGACAAUAGGAGCCCCGUCGAGAUCAGCGAUGCAACUGGGGCAGCUUGCAUCCGCAGCGUCUUCUCUGGUACCACAGAUGUCGCCUGGGUGGAUGAGUGCAGUGUCAUCAGUUCCACAGUACACCGCGCCUUCUCCUGGUGUCGUUGUGGUUCAGCAGCAGCAGCAGUCUAAAUCCAAUAUUUUGCAGUGUCCUGCUGACCCGUUGGCUAGUAGUCGAAGCCACGCCAGUUACGCACCCUCGGACCAGAAGGAGGUAGCGCAGCGAACAGGAACUCCUGGGACAGUUCGCAUUUUGCAGUAUACAACAAGCAGCGCUACCCCUGUGUCACCGUUGCCGCCACCGGGUGUUGUUCGAAUAGUGCAAGGAACGACGGCUACUUCUGGAAUGAAUCUCAGUCCCACUUCGGCGGUUGUGUCUCGUGUCCCUUUACGACCGACAGCGUCGCAGCAACAUGUUGGCGCUAGGAAAGAGGAUAGCGUCGAAGAGUACAGCGGCUCGUUGAAUGAGAACCGGAUGCCCCCACAGGUUGUUAUAGUACAGCAGCAGCAGCAAGCUCCGACUGUUCAAGUUGAGAAUGCGGCUGGUGGGCUUACGCCGAGUCAAUCCAGUGUAGGCACCGUUCCAGUGAGACGUGUUGUGACAGCAACAACGACUCGACCAUCAGGAGAUGCUCUGAGUAGUAGUCAAAAUCACGGUCAACAUCUUCAGAACUAUGUUGCAACGACAUCGUCUUUCUCGUCGUCUUCUGCUGCACCAGUGACCCUUCACAGGCGCUGCAUGACCAUACGGCCAGUAACCGAACAAGAAGGGGACGCCGAGGAUCCGGACUUUGUUCCGGGGUUUUCUGCGCAGCAACCAGGGACUCGAAAGUCCGUUUGUUUUGGUCAGAACGAAGUUCGGGGGAUCCUCUCAGUCAAGUCCGGCGCAUCUGCGGAGGAAUCGAUGAGCGCCUCUGUGUCAUUCGGUUACGGAGGUGGGGUCGCACCGCUAGGCGGCGUUACUGGGAACAACAGCGCAGGGGAGCACCAGGGGACUUGGUCCCUCACAGAAGGUUCCAUUGGCUCAAGAAGCGCAAAUAGCGGGGCUGCUGCAUUUCGGGGAGGCACUACGCCCGACGCACUUAGUACGAGUAAUAGCCGGCCUGGGAGCGCUUUACGGCGGACCUUGGAUGAGACGAACCCACGAAAUGCGGCGCGAUCAUCGCCUAGGGAAUCCCGCAAAGCUGCGUUGCCGUUGUUUGCGGGACGCUUUGGCAAGACAGCGUCAAAGGAUGGCGCAUCGCCUCUAGAUCGAUCUAGCAUGCUAGAUAAAUCGACGCUCUCCAGCGACGGAGGCAGUGGGAGCGCGUCUGCCCGCAUGACAAGAAAGCAACCGCUACCGAAAUUUCGACGAAAGACAAUGUCCGCCUUUCGGCCAGGCGAGCGCACAAAGGAAUCAAAAAGUGCGAAAUCCUCAGAAGAACGAGAUGAGCUUGCGAAGAAAAUCGCGGAGCAAGCCGUUGAGCAACUGGAGGUUAUCGAGGAAAACCGUGCCAGCGUAGAGGUGUCUGGUGGAGGCAGUGACGGCCGCGACGGAAAUCGACAUGAUAGUACUUCUGCGAAACCAACUGUGGCAAAGGAGACCGAGCAAAGAACUCCGACUCUGAAACAGCCAGAUGUUGCAGUCGUUACAACUUCAUCGAAGACAACAAGGAGUCCCACCAUGAAGCCAGAGAACGUGCACUUUCCGCAGCCGGACAUUCUCAAGGUUGACAACAUACCCAGUGACAAUCAAUUUGCGUAUCUCUUUGAGCAAAGCACUUCUAAGGACAAGGAUAAGGGAAAGUCUGCUGCUGGUCCUAGUGGGGUGAGCGCGACGCCACCUGUGAUUUUGAGCCCUAAGAAGCGCUCUGCGCGAAGCACCCCCAAAUCGCAGCCUUUGUCGCGUAGCACACUGAAGGAAAUGGCAAGACAACAGAUGGAUGAAGUGGUGGCAGCCUCAGCGCUUGAGAAAGCAAGGGACACCGAGGUGGUGCCAAUGAUGCCGCCGGUGCAAGAGAGCGAAACGGGUGUGGUAGCAGAUCAGGUAGAGCAUCAAGAAGAUGAUAUGAGUUGUACGCAUCUUCCUCUAGUUGCGGCCGAGGAUCGAGGCGAGACGUUGUCGAGCGCGCGCGGUGUUGAUGGUGCAGAUAUUGUUUCGGAGCAAUACACACCCCUGAAGCCUGCAGUAUAUGCCGAAGAGGAGCCAUUACGGUACUAUGCAUAGCGUGUUAAACACUGCAGAUUGAUGGAGUACUCAGGAUGAUAUUGAAGUCUCUUUUUGGCACGACUUGGUUCUUCCACCUCUUCGUUUAUUUAUUUCAAAUAGGCUAGGUCUAUCCCUCUGCACUACAGGCCGCGACGAGUUAAAGAGGACGCACCAAAACCGGUGGAGCAACGUCUGAAGAAACCAGCGGAUAAUGAUAGAAUACUUGGAGAGAGUCUCAAUUUGGACAAACUGUUGCGUUCAGUGAGACCAGGAAUGCGAGGCGAGACGCCGCGGGUAGUAAGUAGAUAGACUUGUCCAAGCCCACGAUUACAUUCGAUUCCACAAUAAAAUGUUGAAGAGAUAAUAGUACAUUCAUUUUGGUUGAUGUAAGAGAAUUUUUCGUUCAUCUGCUGCUUAUCCGACCAUUCACAGCUUCGCAGCAAUAGCGGGAGCGUUCAGAAUUCUCCGUCAAGUUCGCGCGCCACCUUGGGUUUGCUCCAACAGUUUGAGGCGCACAGACGGCUACGAGGUGGCAACAGCAAAGAUUCAUCCACCUUGGGUGAUAAUACCACGACGCCACGCGGAGACCUAGGAGGUGCUCCGAACGUGAAUGGUGUAAGUUUGUACAAGCAACCAGCGCGUCGCCUGCCCACUAUCACUCGCGACUUACUGCAUGAGAUGCGCGGCUACACAAAGCCAAACAUGACCGCACAGCGCGUGUGUGCGGUCUUCGCCACCACGGUCCUGGAGAAACCAGAGUUUUUGCAGCACGGGACGACCUGGUUGCAGAUUAGACGAUGUUUCUCCAAUGUGGGGGACGUUUGCGCCAAGGCGCAAACUAAGCACGCUUUAGAGCCAGACCUUUUGAAGAAAAUACGCUGUUUCUUGCGUAAGCACAACCUGAAUAGCGUGCAAGCACUUCAAGAGCUACCACCCGCGAUGAUACGAGUCUUGGAUUACGUGAGAGCUUUUGCAGACGAUUGGACCGGACUUGUGUUGCCAAAGGAUGUGCAUCCAGCUGAAGUUACGACAGAGGUACUUCUUCUAGUUGUUCUCCCUGCUUACAUUUGCGUAGAUGCCUAGACACUAAAAAGAUGCUCCAUCAGCAGAAUAAUUUUUAACCUGAACAAAAGAUGUAGAUUUUUUAGCAGAAUAAUCUGUCUCUCUGUAUCUCUCUCUCAGCUCGGCGAUCCACGCUUACUUGGGGAUCAGACAUUCGACCGGAUUUUAGCUGGCGUGAUCCUUCAGAGGAAGAAGCAAGAGCUGAUCGCACUAUCGCGAGACGCAUCGCGGAACGGAUCCCGGUCUGUGUCGCAGAAUAACAGUCGCGUCGUUUCACCACAAGAGGACAAUCAGUUAUCACACCAAUUAUCGGGUGUGUCUUCGACUGUCGGUGUGAAUCAGUCAGCGGUUGCACCACGUACUGGUUCGAAAGUGCUAGCGGAUGGCUGUCCAGAAGGAAUUGUAGACCGUGACUCUUCAAAAACAUCCAGUGCGGAGAACUCACUGAGACAAAGAGCAGAACUUCUUCUUCAAAAUGGUCUUACCGCCUCCGCGUCCUCAUCAGUCAGCGAAUCUUCUUCUCUCAGAAAUGAGCGAAUCAUUAACACAGCUAGCGGGAAAGGACAAAUAUUUCUGGGGGAAGGGACAACCAUUCUGCCGCCGAAUAGUAGGAGUGCCACUUUGGAUGAGUGGAGUUGGUCAGCAACAUCAAGAAAUAACCCAGCAAGCGAGGGAUCUGGAGUGGCCGAAAAACCGAUUUAUCUCACGGCGUCAUCGCAAGACACUCACCUGCCAUCUGAUUCAAAAGGGUCUCUUACAAGCGAAGGACAACAAGUACUUUCUCACCAUUUGUGGAUGUUGUAGUAGAUCGACGUAGUGACAUGCUUGGACAGCGCAGUUCCACGCUUGGUGAUUCAGGUUCAGCAUCAUAGUUGACUGAUACCGUCCUGCAAUUUUCUUAAACAGGUUUCUUCCUCUUCCUCGAGUGGACAUUCGACACAACUUGGGGCUUCGUCGGCUUCUGAAGUUGAAAGUGAAAGUCGGGCUCCUCUCGAAGUUCUUCCCGACGUGUUUGCUAAGAAUUACAUAGGCGAUCGCUCCGCAGUUCGCGACCUAGUCAUUGCGAAGCCAGGGGUCGGGUCUGUCCUUUUUGAGGGUGCGACAGAUAUGAGCCGCAUUCCCGACAUGGACGCGCUUCAUGCGCGGAUCCAACUCCUUCCCGGCGAAAUUGUCGUCUACCCGGAACACCCUAGCGGGGCAACCGGGACUUCGGAAAUCGUGGCAAAGCCGCCGGUCGGAGAGGAAUUGAACAAACCGGCGUACGUUACCUUGUUAAACUGCAGACCGCCAGGGAGCGGCGAUGUGACGGAGAAGGUGGCACAAAAGUACAGGGAUAAAGUACAGAAGAUGACGGAAGUGAAGGGAGCACAAUUCAUCUCUUACGACGCACGGAAAGGAAUAUGGGUCUUUCGAGUGGCUCAUUUCUAAGUAGGUGGAAUCAAAGAACGAGCUUGUCGCUACUCUUAUGAUUGGCCUCCUUGCACGUGUAAUCGAGUAACUAGAGUAGAAGCAGACGAAAACGAAAAAAGUAUUAAUUACAAUCAUAGUACAUCUACAUUCACAGCGUAGAGCAAGAGCAACUUCGCAGAAACAUUCAUUACGUAUGUUACAUUACAAUUACUACCUAGAGCAAAUAUUCAAAACAUAGAGAUUGAGACAGAUUACAACAAAGAAUGUCAACCUGCAUUAUUGCGUGGCAGAAAAAGUACUGAAAUUGAUAUUCUCGAACAUAAGCUUAUCGACCUCGGCGAAAAAAAUGCUCAUGAUCCUAUUUCAAUCACUUCGAAAAGUAGAGAAAAAUUCGAUUACAUCAUCCGUUCUUCAAAUCCUUAAUCCCCCAGUUGAGUUUCACAGUAUGAACUUGUGUUUUUUGCACAGAUAAAAAUACGUAGUCAUUGUCAACGUCAGUCGUUGUCCUUCAGCGGAUCUUUUUUUGGCACGCGGUUAGGAAUGGACUGUGCAGUGAACAGUUGUGCGGAAACAAUACUACAGAAUGAAACAAUGCAUAUCACAGAUGAAGAACAAACAUAGUGUGGUCCUUCAAGAAUGUCAAUGUUGUUGUACUCGUCCGUUGCUCAAGUUGAGUGUAGAAACGAAGAAAGACUUAGCAUCAAGCUCAGAGCUAUACUGUGCUGGCAGAAGGAAUGUAUCGCGUGUAGCCGAUGUAGUCCUGCGAAUGAAAUCUCUGAGGCGCAAACUUCGUCACGUUGAUUGCAUAGUAUUUUCAUUUCCUG